AUGGGGGGUGGAGGGUAUGUCGGACCGGAUGGGUCGUCGAACGGACAACCUCAGGGGACGGAAUACACGUUGCAAGGUGUGAUGCGCUUUCUGCAGACCGAAUGGCACCGUCACGAACGAGACCGCAAUGCGUGGGAAAUCGAGCGCGCGGAGAUGAAAUCCCGCAUUGGAAGAUUGGAAGGCGAUGUCCGGACGAGCAAGCGUUUACACGAGUCGCUAGGCAAGCACGUCAGGCUACUAGAGGCUGCGCUGAAAAAGGAGCGCGAGAAGGUCAAAAAGCUCAGCAACAACGAAAAGAUCGAUGACACCAGGGACCCCAAGGAAAUCGCCCGGGAAAGCCUGAGCGCCAUAAAAUCCCAACGCCCCAAGUCGCACAUAGAUCUCGGCGAUUCCGAUCCUAACUCCGACCACCAACAUGAGUUGCAACAAGAGAAUGAGCGAGACAAGUCGCGCCUGUAUUUGACGAAAUGUUCACAAGAAAUCACAUACCAUGUCAUCCCUACCUCCCACCCACCCCCAGACCUCAGUGAUCCGGACCUUGCCAACCCCAUGUAUGGCAACCAGCAGCUGUCGCAGCAUAGUCUGGAAGAAGCAUAUCUUCAGCAGCAAAGGCAGAAGCAGCAACACCAGCAACACCAGCAGGCCAACCAUAUGAUGGCACGCGAGGUCUCUCUCCAGAACCACCAACCGAUCGUGACCCAUUACCCCGAAAACACCGGGCUUCCGCGACCAACAAACCAGUUUGGCCUGCCGGGCCCUGCCAGGGAGGCGCUGGACCGAAGGCCCUUGGAACCCCAACAGACGCCGGUGACUGCGGUUGACAACCGGAGGCAGGCUCAUGACCCUACAAUGAAUGAUGAACGCACUGGCGGGGAGAGACAGGGGUAUGAUAACUAUGGUCCCCAGGUGUCGGUGAAAGAAGAGACAAAGCCGCAGCAGGUUGAGGAAAGCGUCGAAGACCCGGACGGCUGGAACUUUGAUGAGCCGUCAGACCAAGAACCGCCCACGGAACCGAUGCCCCCUCAUCGUCCCGAUGUCGACGUUUUUCCCAAUGCCAACUUUGUUCGACCGAAGUCCCCUUCGAGGCCCGGAUCGAUGUCUCAUCGACGAAAGAGCUCUGGUGCUAGGCGCAAGAGUGACGGGGCCAUCGACUUGAGUUCGAGUGCGGGUGCGAAACAAGAUUCCUCCUUUAAGGUCAGGUUCGCUCUGCGCGGACAUCUUGAUGUCGUCCGCUCCGUGAUAUUCACGGGCGGCGGCAGCCCUUCCGAACCCGAGAUUUGCACGUGUAGCGACGAUGGGACGAUCAAGAGGUGGAUCAUCCCGGCCUCGUACGGCAGCCUUGGCCAUCACGGACCCGGCUCAAGCAAUGAUCUGGACAUCACCAGUUAUUUCACCCACCGAGGACACGUUGGCGCUGUGACUGCGCUGGCCGCCUGCUCUCCGUCGCAAAACAUUUCCAACGGCGGUCGCGCUUUGGGUGAUGGCUGGGUGUUUUCUGGUGGGCAAGAUGCGAGCGUGCGUGUUUGGGAGCGAGGCCGAGUUGACCCCAAAGCCACUCUGGAUGGCCAUACCGAUGCCGUGUGGGGCCUGUGUGUCCUUCCAGGAACGACCGGGUCUGUUUUCGGAGAUUCAUGCAGUAAUUAUGGAGGCACCGACCGAAUCCUGUUGGCAUCGGGCGGAGCAGAUGGACACAUUCUGAUCUGGGCUGUCAGUGCCCCUCCGCAACUCUCGUCACCGCAGGCUGGCUCUCGAAGAGCUGGAGGCAGUCGCCGGGCUAACUCUAUCUCAUCUGGAUCCAACUUCCCAUCGUCACCCCAACCCAGUAUGGCAACGGCUACGCCAUUCCACUACAGCCUUGUCCACAAAAUCGCCCGACAGGACUCCCCAUCUCCGACCUGCAUCAGCCCCUUGUCUCUCGCCGGCGUGAACUUUGUCGUUUCAUUCUCCGACGCUUCGAUCCUUGUCUAUGACACACGAACCGGCGAAGAGAUUGUUGGAAUGGCCAGCCUGGAGACAUACGAUGGAACGCCCUCCACGGGUGUCAACGCCGUUGUGGCAUCCACCGUCGGGUUUGACGGGUCUGCUGGCCUGGAUCCGAACCGAGCAAUGGUAGAAGAAGAGGUGGUCCAUGGCGCCACUGGUUCGAGUGGCGUGGAGGGAGUGGUCAUUAGUGGCUACGAAGACAAGUACAUUCGCUUCUUUGACGCCAACAGUGGACAAUGUACGUACACGAUGUUGGCUCAUCCAUCGGCGAUUGCUUCACUCUCGCUGUCGCCAGAUGGACGUGAGCUGGUGUCCGCUGGCCACGAUGCUAGCUUGCGAUUUUGGAACCUCGAGAAACGGAAUUGCACCCAAGAAAUCACCAGCCAUCGGGUGAUGCGUGGGGAAGGGGUGUGUUCCGCCGUCUGGAGCCGUGAUGGCCGUUGGGUCGUUAGUGGUGGUGGUGACGGAGCAGUCAAGGUCUUCUCGAGACAAUGA